AUGUCAAGCUAUCCGGGCAGCAGUGCACCUCAGAUCGAUCGACCUUCCUCUCCACAACCCCUCACCCCUGCUCUUCUUUUUGCAUCUUUCUACGCCACACGUUCCAGCGAAAUGGGCAAAAAAAGACGUGGUCCCUCUCUAGAGGAACUUUUGGAACGUCCUUGGUGUUACUACUGCGAACGCGACUUUGAUGACUUGAAGAUUCUCAUCUCCCACCAAAAAGCCAAACAUUUCAAAUGUGAGCGAUGCGGUCGCCGAUUGAAUACUGCGGGAGGUCUUUCCGUGCACCUGAGUCAAGUUCACAAAGAGCAACUUACUGAAGUUGAGAACGCACUACCCAACCGCAUGGGUCUCGAUUUUGAGAUCUUUGGAAUGGAAGGUAUUCCUGAUGAAGUCCUCAAGGCUCACCAGCAGCGCGUCGCAACUCAAUUCCACCAAGAGGAACUUGAACGCCAGGUUUCCACUGGUAACCCUCCUGCUGGCAGCGCUGGUGGCGGUCAACAGGCAAAGAAGCCUAAGAUCGAAGCCACAUCUGAUUUGAAGAAGCGAUUGGCCGAGCACAAGGCCAAGCGCGCAGCACAGGCACUUGGCGGAGCUAGCAGCGGCGACGUCACACCCGCUGGUGGUCAAUCUGCCCAGUCUACCCCCACACCUGGAUAUGUAAGCUUUCUUGUUUCUUCUGAUAGGAUCUCAACACUGACAUUUCCAAAGGUCCCGCCUCAGCCCGCAGCGAUCCCGUCUCAGUACUCUUACCCUCAGCCCUACGGCGGAAAUGCCACUGCAGCCGCCCCUCCAUUCCCGCAGACUGGUAGCCCCGGCUAUUCUGGCUACUCUCCCGUUGGUGGGCAGUUGCCCGAUGGUUCCCCCUACACUCAGACCGCAUACCCUCCUACAUUUUCCGCUGGGCUGCCUGCUGUACCCCCAGUUUCCUACGGAGCCCCUCCUACAUUUACCCAACAACCCACACCACCUGGUCUACCGGCUGCUUCUGGUCUACCUCAACGCCCUGCAUUCGCCGCGCCUCCAGUCAACGCGCACCAAAUGCAACAAAUGCACAUGGGUCAGCAGAUCUCAACCCCGGCAACCCCGGCUACCCCGGUCUUCUCGAACGGCCACAACACUCCAGCACCCGUGCAGACCCCCAUUGACGACCAGGUUUCAGGCGAACAGGAAGCUGCUAAGACAGAGGCCACCGAGAAACCAGCGAAGAAAGAAAAGACGAAGCCCCCCGUUCGAAUGGUCUACAACCACGAUUUUUUGAGCCCAGAAGAGAAAAUGGCACAGUUGCCUCGAUACGCCUGGAACCCCGAUCACAGCACCGAAACCGUUCUUGGCGACGUCCCCGGCUCCAAUAUUGUGGGCGCCAUCCAAGACUCCGACACGGUGCUCGACCCAGCUCAUUAA